AGUCUCGGCAAUUCCCUUGUAUUGAAAGUAAUCACGAUCUUGCGUAAUAAUGUUAAGUUUCGUUCAAUAAUAAGAAAUCGGAUCGAAACGGUACAUGUUGUAAGAAUCGUGGAAAAAUCAAUCGCUAGUGAAAGUAGCCCAGUUAUUUAAUUGAGCGGGAAAUUGACCACACCAAUAAGAAAACAACUGGCUCACAUAAUGAUCACGAUCCCCACAAGGAAUUUUCACGAUUGAUGGAAAUUCCUGAUGGUGGUGGUAUAUGGUAAUGGUAUUUGUAGGAAAACAGGUGGAUGGCUCGCGGCUUUGUGCAUAAAGAUUGCUUUGUGUGAACAAUAUUAUUGUUUCGUUGCGACUUUUCAGCUUAACAAUGAGUAACAAAUCAGCUGUUGCGGAAUUCUACAAGAAUCGACACAUCCUCAUCACCGGCGCCACUGGUUUUAUGGGGAAAGUCCUCAUUGAGAAGUUGUUACGGUCUUGUCCUAAAUUAUCGACGAUUUAUUUGUUAGUCCGGCCCAAAAAGGGGAAAAAACCCAAUGAAAGACUCGAAGAUAUUGUCAAUUGUCCCGUGUUUGAUAAGUUGCGUGACCAACCUGACGGCGAAACAUUACUAAAUAAGAUUUAUUGCAUCGCUGGGGAUAUUACUCAACCCAAUCUUAAUCUAUCAAAUGAUGAUGAGAAAACUUUGAAAGAUAACGUUGAAUUGGUGUUUCACAUGGCUGCCAACGUGAGGUUUGACCAACCGUUAAAAAGUGCGGUUUUAUUAAAUACAGGGGGAACUAAGAAUUUACUCGAUCUAGCGUGCGCUUUUAAACAAUUGAAGAUUUUUAUUCAUGUGUCAACGUCGUACUGUCAUUGCAACGAAGUCAAACUCGAGGAAAAGUUAUACAAGGCCCCCCAUGAUCCACGAAAAAUCCUAGAUCUGGUGACUUGGAUGGACGAUGAAACGUUAAAAACCCUAACUCCCAAACUGUUGAAAAAGUCCCCAAACACCUACGCCUACACGAAAUGUUUAACCGAACAAUUGGUCUCCGAAUAUGCAUCCAAGUUACCUUUGGUUAUCACUCGACCGUCAAUUGUCACCGCUGCGUGGAGAGAGCCAAUCCCCGGCUGGGUUGAUAAUUUGAAUGGACCAACCGGAUUACUCGUAGGGGCGGGCAAAGGGGUAAUCAGAUCCAUGCAUUGUGACCCUUCUUUGGAGGCAAAUAUGGUACCAGUCGACAGUGCGAUUAAUUCUCUACUUUUGAUUGGUUGGAAGGAAGGGACGGACCCGUCACGUGAUUUGAAAGUGUAUCACGUGACGUCAAAUAACGACAAUGUGAUUAGUUGGGGGGAGGCGCUUGACGUUGGGAGAAAACACUUCUAUGACAACCCGUUUAGCGUUUGUUUAUGGUACCCAGGGGGGAGUAUCAAGUCUAAUUAUUGGUACCACGCAAUCGCUGUUUUUUUCUUACACAUUAUCCCGGCCUACUUGGUCGAUUUUCUCAUGGUUUUGACAGGAAAUAAGCCAUUCUUAGUGCGUACACAGAAACGUAUCCAGAACGGGCUGGAAGUGCUCCAGUACUACACUACAAGGCCUUGGUACUUUUACAAUGAAAAUUUGGAUAAAAUCUGGCGGGAAUUAUCAAACAUCGAUAAAGAAAUCUUCUUUACCGACAGACUUAAAAUCGAUUAUAAUCAAUAUAUUUUGAAUUAUGUGUUAGGUGCGAGGAAAUAUUGUGUACACGAAGAACCGGAAACAAUUCCCUAUGCUCGGAAAGUCCUAAAAAGAUUGUUUUAUUUGGAUUUGACCAAAAAUAUUAUUUUGGGACUUGUCUUCUUCUGGAUUUUUUCCUACUACGUAUCCGGAUUUAUCACAAAGUUAGACAAUCGAACAAUUUUUAAUAACAACACAAUUUUAGGUUAAUUCUAAUUGUAUUUUCAGGUGUUUGGCUAUUUUUUAUACAAUAAAAAGAAUGAAAAUAAUUAUUA